AUGCUUCCUAAUGAUGUAAAUAGUAGUGCACGCUUUUUGACUGCUGCGUUUAUUCCUAUUUUAUAUUUAAAUUCUAUAAAUACUUUGGAUGAAUUCGUCAAUCGUCAAAUAGUAUUAGUGUCUGCCUUUGUGCUUGCAUAUUCGAAUGUACCAUUAUCGACAAUAACCAGCAAUAAUGAACCUUCAGAAAUCAUUGCUGGCAAAUUCGCUUUUCAAGUCGACGGCUUUAAUUUAGCUCGUAUAUUAUCCUUUUUGGAGCAUUGGCCGCAAGCAUAUGAGCUGGAUUGCGAGUAA